CAUCACUCAAAAAAAAGUAAACCCGCAGCAAGCACCUCACGCAAGCAAGCUCCUGCAAACAACAUUACUGCGUCCCCAAACUCUCUUUCCAUCUGCAUUUCUGCAACGAGCUUUCCUCACAUUCAUCGCACAGAGGAAACCGCGGUGCUCUCUUCGGGAACUUCUUUCUAAUUGAGCGGCUCUUGCGGCUGCCGGUUCUACUAAUACCCGACCCUUCCUUUGCGCCCCCGAUUUCAGUCCAAUUUCCACUCUUGCACGUCACGUUUGGAGCUUCUGCCUCCACCCACCCUCCAGCAACUUUUGACAAGUUGGCUGCUACCCUUCGUUGAUCGCGCGCAGUCCAGCGCAUCAGGAUCAUCAUGGCGAAUAUAUUGCCCAUCAAGUUCCAGGAGCUGCUCCAGCUCAGCAGCCUGGGCGUCAACCAGCCUGCCAUCACUUUCAACUCUUGCACCCUAGAGUCAGAUUCCUACAUCUGCAUUCGAGACAAGAAGGAUGAAGCCGCCCCUGCCGAGGUUCUCAUCAUCGACCUCAAGAAUGGCAACAAUGUGAUCCGCCGGCCCAUCAAGGCCGACAGUGCCAUAAUGCAUUGGACGCGUCAAGUUAUCGCCCUCAAAGCUCAAUUGCGGACCCUACAAAUCUUCGAUCUCGAGCAGAAGCAAAAGUUGAAGUCGACGACAAUGAGCGAGGACGUGUCAUUCUGGAAGUGGAUCAGCGAAACCACUCUGGGAUUGGUCACGGAGAGCUCCAUCUACCACUGGGAUGUCUUCGAGCCUACCCAAGCCGCGCCGGUCAAGGUCUUUGAUCGCAACGCAAACAUUCAGGCCAACCAGAUAAUCAACUACCGGACUAGCGCCGAUGGGAAGUGGAUGGUAGUAGUAGGCAUCUCCCAGCACCAAGGCCGCGUCGUUGGAGCGAUGCAAUUAUACUCGAGAGACCGCGGUAUCAGCCAGGCAAUCGAAGGCCACGCGGCCGCCUUUGGCACGAUCCGGUUAGACGGCGCCCCCGAAGACACCAAGCUUUUCACCUUCGCGGUCCGCUCGGCUGCCGGCGCAAAGCUGCACAUCGUCGAGGUUGAUCAUGCCGAGACGAAUCCUGUCUUCACGAAGAAGGCUGUUGACGUCUUCUUCCCUCCCGAGGCUGCCAACGAUUUCCCUGUCGCCCUGCAGGUCUCUCAAAAGUACGGGAUCAUCUACCUCAUCACCAAGUAUGGCUUCAUCCACCUGUACGACCUCGAGACCGGAACAUGCAUUUUCAUGAACCGGAUUUCGAGCGAGACCAUCUUUACGGCGUGUGGGGACAAGGAUUCGAGUGGCGUUGUCGGCAUCAAUCGCAAGGGUCAGGUGCUCUUCGUUAGUGCCGAUGACAACACCAUCGUCCCCUAUGUUCUCGAGAGCCACGGAAACGAGCUGGCGAUAAAGUUGGCCUCGCGCGCAGGUCUCCCAGGUGCCGACAACCUCUACCAGCAGCGGUUUGAGCAGCUCUUCAGCACUGGCAGUUAUCAAGAGGCUGCAAAGGUCGCCGCUAACUCGCCCCGGGGUUUCCUGCGGACACCACAGACCAUCGAGCGAUUCAAGCGUCUUCCCCAGCAGCCAGGCCAGAUGUCGCAUAUUCUCCAAUAUUUUGGUCUCCUGCUCGAUAAGGGAACCCUGAAUCAGCACGAAUCGGUCGAGCUUGCCCAGCCGGUGCUUGCUCAGAAUCGCAAGCAGCUGCUGCAAAAAUGGCUUGGCGAGAACAAGCUUGAGUGCUCAGAGCAGCUUGGAGAUAUGGUGCGACCGCACGACCUGCCCAUGGCCCUGGCCAUUUACCUCAAGGCAAACGUGCCGCAUAAAGUGGUUGCUGGGUUUGCCGAGACAGGCCAGUUUGAUAAAAUUCUCCCAUACUGCGCCGAAACCAGCUACAAGCCCGACUUCAUUCAACUUCUUCAGCACAUCGUCCGUCUCAACCCGGAGAAGGGCGCUGAAUUUGCGACAGCACUAGCCAACACCGAGGGCGGGUCUCUAGUUGACCUCGAGCGGGUUGUGGAUAUCUUCCAGUCCCAGGGCAUGGUCCAACAAGCGACCGCCUUCCUACUCGAUGCGCUCAAGGACAACAAGCCCGAGCAGGGCCGCCUCCAGACUCGGCUGUUGGAGAUGAACCUCAUCAAUGCGCCUCAGGUUGCAGAUGCCAUCCUAGGGAACGAGAUGUUCUCGUACUUCAAUAAGGCCCGCAUUGCGAGUUUGUGCGAGCAGGCCGGACUCUUGCAGAAGGCCCUGGAGCUCUACGAGGACCCCGCAGCCGUGAAGCGAGUAGUUGUCAAUAUUGCCGGAACACCCAACUUCAAUCCCGACUGGUUGAUUGAGUUCUUUGGCCGUCUGUCCGUUGAGCAGUCGGUUGACUGCCUCGAUGCCAUGAUGAAGCAGAACAUCCGCCAAAACCUCCAGUCCGUCGUCCAGGUGGCUACCAAGUACGCCGAGCUCCUUGGGCCUCAGCGUUUGAUUGACUUGUUUGAGAAGUACAAGACGGCCGAAGGUCUAUUUUACUUCCUUGGAAGUAUUGUGAACGUAACUGAGGACCCCGAGGUCGUCUACAAGUACGUCGAGGCAGCAACCAAGAUGGGACAGAUCCGCGAGGUUGAACGUAUCUGCCGUGACAACAACGUCUACAAUCCAGAGAAGGUCAAAAACUUCCUCAAGGAAGCGAAGCUCACCGAGUUGCUUCCCCUGAUGGUUGUGUGCGACCGGUUCGGUUUUGUCCACGAUCUAGUGCUCUACCUCUACCAGAACCAGCAGUUCAAGUCAAUCGAGAUAUAUGUGCAACAGGUUAACCCCCUGAGAACCCCCGGCGUCAUCGGUGGAUUGCUCGAUGUCGAUUGCGAUGAGACCGUCAUCAAGAACCUCCUCUCGACAGUCAAUCCAGCCGCAAUCAAGAUUGACGAGCUUGUCCAAGAGGUUGAGACUCGCAAUCGCUUGAAGCUGCUCCUCCCCUUCCUCGAGGCAACUCUUGCUGCCGGAAACCAACAGCAAGCGGUUUACAAUGCUCUGGCUAAAAUCUAUAUUGACUCGAACAACAAUCCCGAGAAGUUCUUGAAGGAGAAUGACCAGUACGACACGCUCACUGUCGGAAAGUACUGCGAGAAGCGGGAUCCCAACCUCGCUUAUAUCGCCUAUCGCAAGGGCCAGAACGACCUCGAACUGGUCAACAUCACCAACGAAAACGCAAUGUACAAGGCCCAAGCGAGAUAUCUUCUUGAGCGGGCGGACCGAGAACUCUGGAUGUUUGUCCUCAGCGAGAACAAUCUUCAUCGCCGGUCUGUAGUUGACCAAGUCAUUUCGACUGCUGUGCCCGAGUCCACAGAUCCAGCCAAUGUUUCGGAGGCGGUCAACUGUUUCCUGAACGCCGAUCUCCCUGCCGAGCUCAUCGAGCUCCUUGAGAAGAUUGUGUUGGAACCCACACCUUUCAGCGACAACCAGAAUCUCCAGAAUCUGCUCAUAUUCACCGCCGCCAAGGCUGAUAAGGCUCGUGUCAUGGAUUAUAUCCACCGUCUUAGCAACUUCGCUGCCGACGAAAUCUCCAAUGUGUGCAUUGAGGUCGGCCUGUAUGAGGAGGCUUUUGAGGUAUUCAAGAAGAUUGACAACAAGGAAGCUGCCGUCAACGUCCUCGUGGAGCACGUUGUUAGCAUCGACCGUGCUCAAGCUUAUGCUGAAGAGGUUGAUCUUCCUCAGGUUUGGAGCAAGGUCGCCAAGGCCCAGCUUGAUGGACUGCGUGUGAGCGACUCUAUCGACUCCUACAUCAAGGCCGAGGACCCGAAGAAUUAUGAAGAAGUCAUUGAGAUCGCGGUGGCCGCAGGCAAAAAUGAAGAGCUCAUCAAAUAUCUUCGCAUGGCUCGCAAGACGCUGCGCGAGCCCACCAUCGACACAGCUCUUGCCUUCUGCUAUGCGCGCCUUGAUCUUCUCGCCGAGCUUGAAGAUUUCUUGCGAGCAACCAACGUGGCCAACAUCGAGGAGUCGGGAGACAAGGCUUACUCUGAGGGCUUCUUUGAGGCAGCCAAGAUCUUCUAUACCAACAUUUCCAACUGGGCCAAGCUUGCUACGACACUGGUCCACCUUGCCGACCACCAGGCAGCUGUGGACUGCGCCCGUAAGGCCAACAAUAUCAAGGUCUGGAAGGAAGUUCACGAGGCUUGCGUCGAGAGGAAGGAAUUCCGCCUUGCCCAAAUUUGCGGUCUCAACCUGAUCGUUGACGCAGAGCAACUUCAGGCUCUGGUUAAGCAGUACGAGCGCAACGGCUACUUUGACGAGCUGAUCAGCUUGCUCGACCAGGGUCUUGGUCUGGAGCGCGCACACAUGGGAAUGUUCACCGAGCUUGGCAUUGCCCUGUCCAAGUACCACCCUGGGCGAUUGAUGGAGCACCUCAAGCUCUUCUGGAGCAGAAUGAACCUGCCAAAGAUGAUCCGGGCCUGUGAGGAAGCCAAUUUGUGGCCUGAGCUGGUCUUCUGUUACUACCAUUACGAUGAGUUCGACAACGCCGUGCUCGCUGUCAUGGAGCGACCCGAGAACUCUUGGGAGCACCAGCAGUUCAAGGAGAUCACCGUCAAGGUUGCCAACCUAGAGAUCUACUAUAAGGCCAUCAACUUCUACCUGGAGCAGCACCCCUCGCUACUGACGGAUCUCCUCCAAGUUCUUACGCCGCGCAUCGACGUCAACCGGGUGGUCCGCAUGUUCCAGAAGUCGGACAAUCUACCACUCAUCAAGCCCUUCCUGCUCAACGUCCAGCCGCAGAACAAGCGCACUGUCAACGACGCGAUCAACGACCUUCUCAUUGAGGAGGAAGACUACAAGACGCUCCGCGACUCGGUGGAGAACUAUGACAACUACGACCCCGUCGACCUUGCUGGUCGCCUCGAGAAGCACGAUUUGGUCUUCUUCCGACAGAUCGCUGCCGGCAUCUACCGCAAGAACAAGCGCUGGGAGAAGUCAAUCAACUUGUCCAAGCAGGACAAACUCUGGAAGGAUGCCAUCGAGACGGCGGCCUUGUCUGGCAAGACAGAGGUGGUAGAAGAGCUUCUCCGAUAUUUCGUUGAUAUCGGUAACCGGGAGUGCUAUGUCGGCAUUCUCUAUGCAUGCUACGACCUGAUCCGCCCCGACCUCGUCCUAGAGCUUAUGUGGCGCAACAGAUUGGACGACUUCACGAUGCCGUACUUUAUCAACCUUCUCUCCCAGCAGACGCGAGAGCUCGCUCUCCUGAAAGCGGACAACGAGGCCCGCAAGGCCAAGGAGAAGGAGCAGGAGAAAGUCGAGGACAACACCCCCAUUCUCGGCGGUGGCAGGCUUAUGAUCACUGCCGGGCCUGCAGCGCCCUUGUCGCCCGCACCCUUUGCGCAGACCAAUGGCUUCGCCUCGCAGUCGACUGGUUAUGGCUUCUAGAAGGUUGCCCCAGUCGUAUUUGAGCGCCCUUGCCUCUUUGACCCCCUGCGAAACGAAUUGUUCUAUCCGAUUGCGGCUCCUGCCGCUCCUGGAGAGCCCUUCAAGGUUUGGAGUCUUGGCCCCUGUAGUUUUAGUUAACGGGAAUGAAAACACGGAUUUUACGCGGAGGGCUGGAUUUGAUUCUGCAUGGUAUUGCUGCAGGUCAAAGAGGUUUCUGUGUGUCACUAUACCUGUAUUAAUUCGCUUGCUGUUGUCGGAGUAGCUUGCUUGACCACUUAUUUUCCGAGUUUCCGUGUCCAUAAUUUUGGGGAGAUGAUCUGGGGCCCAGAAUCUAGGUUCCACUGAACUCGUGGAAAGGAGCAUGUGGAUGAGUUGUUAAGCCAGCCUCUGCAUUUCCUCUGAGGAUUAGCUCUAGGUAGCUCCAAAUCUAUUUUCCGACCUUCUACUGAUAGGUAU